ACAUCCGGUCUCAUCUCGAUAGGGAUUACGGUGAACAGCGCCAUCUAGUGCUUAUCUAUAUAAACGAAUCAAAGUCUUCACUAUUACCAUACUUUAAACCAUUAUUAAUUGAUAUAGGGUACUUUUCUUUCUUUCUUUCUUUUUUUUAAGAUGGAAAUGGCCGUUUCCAGUGUGCUUCAUUUGUUUUUAUCGAUAAUUUUCCGGCCGCCCUCGGAUCUUUCAUAACUUUCCUUCUCCUGAUCAGCCGUUGGAUCAUCUUCUUAACACUAGAAAACGACAAAUUUUUUCCCAGGUAGACGGAUUAUUCCUCUGCUAUGAACAAUAAUAAAGGUCUGACAAAUAGGAUUUUAUAUAAAAAAGUUGUCAGGAUCUUGUGCCGUGAUGAAUAACAUCCAUGAAGACAGUGUGGAUUUUCAGUCCAAUUCACAAGAGGAAAAGCAGCUCUCUGUUCAGUCAGUCCUGUCCAGAGGAUCCCAGGAGGAAAUCAAGUUCACUAAGGGCCAAGCAGGGCACAGUGAUGAUGAAUGCAGUACUGACCUGGAAGACGAUAUUUUCACCUCCAGCAGGAGAUUGAAUUUGUCCCCAUCAGACGUGUAUCUAAAGGCCUGCAAGCAGACAGGAGCCGUUCCUGUUUCCUACAUCCUCUGCCACUUGGAUGAUGCUAUUCUAGACCUGAAUUACUAUGGGCUGGGACCUCUGGGGGCCAAAGCUCUGGCUAUCCUUCUGAAAAGUCACGGUGUAGUCACCCACCUCGAGUUGAAAGGGAACUCACUUCAGGCUGAAGGGACACAGUAUCUGAUGGCGAUGCUUUUUGAAAACAUCAGCAUUCAGAGUCUAAAUCUUUCUGACAACAAGCUGGGCCUUAAAGGAGCAGAGGUUAUCUCCAAAAUGCUGUCAGACAAUCGUAAGCUCAAAUCCAUCAACCUCUCAGAAAAUGACUUUAGUGACGCUGCAGCUAAAUGCUUGGCAGAAGCAUUAAAGAAUGAUUUUGUGGUCAAAGAGCUUGACCUCAGUUACAACUGCAUCUGCGAUGCAGGAGGAGAAGACUUGGGUGUCAUGUUAGCAGAGAACAUCGGUAUUGAAGUCCUAAAUCUGAGCUGGAAUCACUUUCUUAUACGUGGCAAUGCGGCUCUGAUUGCUGGUCUAAAGGUAAACGCAACACUGAAGCAACUCCAGCUGUCGAACAGUGGAUUUGGCCGUCCAGAGGUACAGCUGAUGGCUGAAGUGCUGCAACAAAAUGACACACUUGUGCUGCUGGACCUCAGCAUUAACUGUGUGGACGAUGAAGCUGUAAGGCUGCUCUGCCAGGGCCUGGCCACCAACGAAACCCUCGAGGUUCUCAAACUCUCUCGCAACCCCAUAACAAAAAUCGGAGCCGCCACGCUGCUCAGAACGGUUAAAAACAACAUGAAAUCAGCACUGGAGGAGAUCGAUAUUUCUAGUGUGCUUGUCUGUGAGACCUUUGUGGAGCUGCUGGAAGAAACCCGCGUGACCCGCCCUGCUCUGCGGUUCCAGUAUUAUAUUCUGCCCUCCGUCACCAAGAACUUAUUGGCACUUGGGAUCUUUAAGAAGUUCUUUGAAGAGCAAAAUAAGAGCAUCAUGGAUUUCUUCCAGGCUCUGGACAAAGAGGGAACCAUGAAAGUCUCCACCUCUGCCUUCAGGAAGGCUGUAAAGGAAGCUAACAUACCUCUGGAUCAACAGCAGCUUGGCUGGUUGGUCAGGAAGUUUGACAAGAACUGCACGGCAACCAUAGUGUACAGUGUUGUUCAGACAUUUGUGUAGGUGCUGGCAGAGAAACAAAGACGUACAUUAGGACCCAUUGUGCCCUGUGAUUAUUAAAGUAAACAGAAAUACUGAAGAGGUAUCAUACACAGCUGCAAACACUUGAGCCUGUUUUUGUGAAGUGGGAGAACGGGCCAAGCAACCCUCAAGACUUUGUCAGAGAUGAUCCCAUUAUUUGGAGCUUCUCAAGAGCUGAGCGGCAGGCUGGCUAAUGAGGCUUUGAAGAUCCACCGCUGGCACACAACUCACAUGCGGCAGAGAAUUCGGGGAGCGAAACAGAAUCUGGCACGAGAUAAAAUGUUUUAGCCAAGAUCGGCCGCAAAGACGUCCAUUACCUCGGCGCUCUGCUUUUAUUUUGCCGGCAUUGCUUUUCCAAGACCUUUUAAAAAGAGACAAAGACUUUCCAGGAGAUGAAUGUGAAUGUGUAAUGUCCAGUUCAUCUGCAAAAAGACAAGGGUUUUUUUGAAAGAUCAGGAGUAAAGUUGGGAUAAU